ACCGCUGCAGGGGCCGCCGCGGGGAUGCCGAGCGCUGGCGCCGCCGCUCUCCUCCGCGCGCUACUCGUCUGAAGGCGCACAGGACUCAAUUACUGGAAUUGUCAGCUCUGCCCACUCACAUGCACAUUUGUCUUCCACUAUGAGCAGACCAGUGGCAUCACACCUGUGUCUGGCAUACUGCAGCCUUCUACUUUUUCUCAACUUUGCCACACAAUGUCUGGCCUUUCCUGUGAUGGAAAGAAGGGAGCUAGCACAUGUUCAUGAUGAAGAAGGGCAGUUUGAGAUGAUGGACACUGAUGACCUAGAAAAUAGCACCAUUCUUUCAGAGUAUACUUCCCAACCGGUGGUCUCUGAAGAUCCAAUGUUAGUAUUAAAAGGACUCUCAGCAGUGCCAUCAAAUACAGUGUUUUCUGUUAACAAAGAGACCCAGCCCAUGGAAACUGGGCUCAUGCAGCCUAGUAGCCCUGGUGUUCACACUGCUACUGAGCCAGCAGGGGAAGAAGUGUUUGGUUCCAGCCAGCCAGAAAGAGCAUCUCCUGAAAACCAACUUUCCAAGGCCAUGUUAACCGUCCCUGUCACUGAAACUAUUUCUCUGAAUAUUGAUGAGAAAGAGGAACCUGUCAGUAGUACCCACCUCCAGCCAGUUGUAGAAGGGACCAUGGAAACAACACAAGGUUUUCUGAAGAAUGUGGAUACUCAAUUGUUAGCAACUAAAAGUCAGGGAGGAGUUAGCUUGGGACAUUUACCUUCAUCCUAUGUGAAUUCUCAGGAAAUACUAACCACCAAUCCGAGGACUGAGCAAUUUGAAGCAGACACAGAAUAUAGGACAACUUCUCUUCCUGGUUUUGAACCCACGGUCGGCACUGAGCUUGGAAGCCUCAUGCCAAGUAGAGGGAUGCCUUUGCAGAUGAUAGCUGAUAAUACCCCGCCUCCUGCCACUAAGCUCUGGCUUGCAACCCCUGAGGACACCUCCCGUGCUAAGCCGGAAACUGACAGCCUGCUGGGUGCCCGUGAAGUCACAGUGAGAGUCAGCACAACUGUUCCAGCUGCCUCUGUCCUCAGUGAUGAGUGGGAUGAUACCAAAUUAGAGCAUGUGAGCCAGAUAAAGACCACAAAGCUUGUAGACAACACAGAGACUCAGGUGGGAAUGGAAACAUCUCGGACAGCACAAGUCACUGAUAGCAGAAUGGAGAGCAGUGAGGCUGCAGAGGGGACCCAGGGGCUGCCUCCAAGGGAAAUAAGCACGGGGGCAGCCCUGCUCAUCAUGAGUGGGGAUGAGAGAACAUCUGCCUUUAUCGGUCAGAGUCCCUUUACUCCCACGAGUCCGUUGGAAGACACGAAAGUUUCUGUCGUAAGUCUGUUCCAAAAUACUGGAGACUUCGUGGAACCCACCAAGGAAAGCAAUACCAUGUUUUUCUUAGAGACCACUGUUUCCGUCUCAGAAUAUGAGUCAGAAGCCUAUCAAUCACUGGAAAAUACGUUUAAAGACAUCAUCACCCAAGAGAUGACAACAGCUGUUCAAGAAGCAGAAGCCACUUUAUCAGCAGUGACAGAAGAGCAGCAGGUUUAUACCCUCGGGGUUACCGAAGAAAAUGGCGAGACUACGGAAGGAAAGGAGCCCCCCUCCACCUCAGAUGAUGUUCCUGGUGUUACACAGCUGUGGAGGCAAUGGGAACCUUUGGCCACUGCAGUUUCUACUACAGCCGUGCCUCUUUCUUUCCAAGUUACUCCCGCUAUAGAAGACCCAAAGGACACCGUCACAAGGCCAAGUGAGGAGUUCUUCACACCCAUCGUAGGCCCUCCCAUGACAUCCCCUGGAAUCACAGAGGAGACACUCAGCCUUUCCUUAGGUCCGGACUCUGAGGGGAGAACUGAAGUUCCAUCCGUGAGCCAUGUUAUUACAGCUGCCUCAUAUGGUCUGGACCAACUCGAAUCUGAAGAGGGAGAAGACGAGGAUGAAGAGGAUGAGGAGGAAGAGGAAGAAGAGGAGGAUGAGGAGGAAGAUGAGGAUGAUAAGGAUGGCGUUUCUCUGGAUGAGAGCCUGGAUGGUGACCCUGAGCUACCUGGGUUCACGCUCCCCGGCCUCACAUCUCAGGAACCUGGCUUGGAGCAGGGAAAUGAGGCUGCAGUGGAGGGAGCCACCUACCAGGCUCCAGAUGCCAUUGAGUGGCAGCAGCAGAAUCAGGGCCUGGUGAGAAGCUGGAUGGAAAAGCUAAAAGACAAGGCUGGUUACAUGUCUGGGAUGCUGGUACCCGUAGGGGUUGGGAUAGCUGGAGCCUUGUUCAUCUUGGGAGCCCUCUAUAGCAUUAAAGUGAUGAAUCGCCGAAGGAGGAAUGGCUUCAAAAGGCAUAAAAGAAAGCAGAGAGAAUUCAACAGCAUGCAAGAUCGAGUGAUGCUCUUAGCCGACAGUUCUGAAGAUGAAUUUUGAAUUGAACAAGAGUUUCGUCGGGAUAUUCAAUGAUGUCAUUACUUUAUUUUUUAUUUGAGGGCAAAAAAAAAAAAAAAAAAAAAGAACAACAUCCAACCACCUUGCCGCUGGCAGCUCACCAGUCCCAUUACCUGCUGGGUAGUAGGUUUUUCUUGUACUGAGCAGAAAAGGCAUGCUGUAGACUAAAUGUAAUAUGCAGUGUUUGUUUUUAUUCUGUAGUGAGUUUUCACCACCACAGGCUACAACACAUAAAGACACAGCAUACUUGUUCAGGGGGCGUUGCUAGACUAGGUAGAGUAAAUAGCUGGUGUUUUCCACUGCAUCUUUUCCUUAGUUUGGAUCACCUGUGCUAAGUAUACUGAUGACUGUUGCCAACACACCCUUGAUUCUGAUAGAAAUCUUCACAAAGAGUCACAUGUGACGGCUGCUCUCUACCUACUUGAGUAGGCUCAUGGUCCUGGCGCCUACUACAUUUGCAUCAAAAGUAGCAGCAACUUGGAAUGAAAUCCUUUUUCCUUUUUGUCCAGAUCUCUCAGCACAUUAGGAUUAUAUAUAGAUCUGUAUGUAUCUUACAUUAUGUACUUCCGUCUCCCAGUUUAUUAUUUUUCACCGUCUGUUUUGUUCUCAUUUUUUGGCAAGGAGAAACAUGCAUCAGAAAUAAUACAUUAUAUUGACUCUCA